UCCUCUCUCUCUCUCUAUAUAUAGAAGUGUGGAUUUCAAUCGGAGAAAUUGGUAAAGAAAGGCAAGAUCAUCAAGAAUUACCAUACAUAGAAUAAUCCGCAGUUGCUCAAAUUUGCUGGUUUUGGCUUGUGAUCAUGAGAGAUGUAAAGGAAAAGGAAGAAAAAGAUGAUGGCAAGAUGCUGAAGCUACCACCUGGAUUUCGGUUCUCGCCGACAGACGAAGAACUUGUCCUUCACUUUCUGCAUCCCAAGAAGCAGCAGGCCUCUCUGUCUCCUCUCUAUGCUCACCUGGUUCCUGAUCUCAAGUCUCACCACCAUGAUCCUUGGGACCUCCAUGGAAAGGCACUGUCGAAUGGAUCCCACUACUUCUAUUUCAGCAGAAUGAUGAACAAUCGAAUUACGGAAAAUGGGUACUGGAAAGAUUUAGACAUGGAAGAGCCAGUGUUUGGUGAAGCUGGAGAAAUUAUAGGAAUGAAGAAAUCUCUGACUUUCCACAUUGGAGAGGCUCCAACAGGUCAAGAGACAAACUGGGUGAUGCAGGAGUAUCAUCUCGUGUCCUUCCAUGAAUUGGCUAAUUCAACACAAGAACCCGGUUCGCUGGUUCUGUCUCGAGUUCAUGAAAGCAAGACAAGUCAUGGACAAAGCUUAUGCUCGGGAGGAGAUGAGGAUAGUGAGACUGAUCUCUCGUACAUGGACGAGAUGUUUAUGUUAUUAGACGAGGAUCUUGAUGAUAUAAGUUCGGGAGAUUAAGUAUGCAUGUCUGUAUCGUACGUUCGAACAUAUUCAUACCCAUGACAUGUACAUAAACUAUACGAGGCAUCUUGCCGACCAUCAUCAGCAUGUCAGCAAGUUAAUUUAGUGGUUGUACAUUGCUGUGAUGUAAUUAUAUGGCCUUCUUAUUUAAAAUCCUGCCCUAACCUAACUUACACUA